GUGUGUCUGUGUGUGUCAGUGUGACAGGUGGAGAGCUGUUUGAAGACAUCGUAGCGAGAGAAUACUACAGUGAAGCUGAUGCCAGUCACUGUAUCCAGCAGAUUUUGGAGGCGGUGCUACAUUGUCAUCAGAUGGGCGUGGUCCACAGAGACCUAAAGCCUGAGAACCUCCUCCUGGCCUCCAAGUCCAAAGGAGCGGCGGUGAAACUCGCCGACUUUGGCCUCGCCAUCGAGGUGGAAGGAGACCAGCAGGCAUGGUUCGGCUUUGCGGGGACUCCAGGUUAUCUGUCUCCAGAGGUCCUCAGGAAGGACCCAUACGGGAAAGCAGUCGACCUCUGGGCCUGUGGUGUGAUUCUCUACAUCCUAUUGGUCGGUUAUCCUCCAUUCUGGGAUGAAGACCAGCAUCGUCUGUACCAGCAGAUCAAAGCUGGCGCCUAUGAUUUUCCUUCCCCGGAGUGGGACACGGUGACUCCUGAAGCCAAAGAUCUCAUCAAUAAGAUGCUGACCAUCAACCCGGCCAAACGCAUCACAGCUGCCGAGGCGCUCAAACACCCCUGGAUCUCUCACCGAUCCACAGUGGCGUCCUGCAUGCACAGACAGGAAACGGUUGAGUGUCUGAAAAAGUUCAACGCCAGGAGGAAACUGAAGGGAGCCAUUCUCACCACCAUGUUGGCCACCAGGAAUUUCUCUGGAGGAAAGAGUGGGAGCAACAAGAAGGCCGACGGAGUGAAGGUAACCUCAUCAUCAUCAUCAUCAUUAUUUUUCAGUGUUAUGAUGUCUGACAUAAGGUGAGUUUCACAGAGCUGAACUCCCACCUGCAUGGAUCAGUGUCGUGUUCACUCAGUAAUAAGAUGAUAAAUGUGUUGUUUCCUCUGUACAAACACAUCAGAGGUUGGAGCUGCGAUGCAUCACCUCACAGCUGUUCUGGUGAAAAGCCAGAAAAUGCUGAAAAAAAAUCAACAUUUAAGUCAUA